CCGCAGUAUUGUUUGUGUGUUUUUCUCCCUCCCUCGCUGUACCACCUGGUGAAGCUGCUGGAGAGGUUUGGGAAGGUGAAACAGUUUGACUUCCUGUUCCACAAGUCUGGACAAAUGGAGGGCCAGCCCUGAUGAUACUGCUUCGUUAACUUCCACACCAAAGAGCAGAGUGGGGCGAUCCAUUGUCUGAAUGGGAAGCUGGCCCUCUCCAAGAAGCUGGUGGUGCGCUGGGUACACGCACAGGUAAAGCUUCCCCACAAUGCCUGUGGAUUUGACCAAAAACAGCACCAGACAAACAGUGACACGCUACCUGCCUGGUCCAUGGUGCGACUGAGCUAAACGGGCUCCACUCUGGUUACCUGGUCCAACCAUGGUGCGACAGUAAGCUAGCCCACCCCGAAGCUCUGCUCCCUAUCUCUGUGGUUACCAGUUCAGGCUCUGCUCUGCUCAGCAGCUAUGUCAUGUGGGAGGAAGUUGCAGUUCAUUCUCUAAAACCUCUCCUCAUAUCUCAUAUCUCAUAACUCAUAUCUCAUACUUGGCUCAUCGCGCUCUAGCGACUCCUUGUUGCGGGCCGGGGGCCUGCAGGCUGACUUUGGUCGUCAGUUGGACUGUAUUUUCUCCAACACAUUGGUGCAGCUGGCUUCCGGGUUAAGCGGGCGGGUGUUAAGAGGCAUAGUUUGCGGGGCAUGUUUCGGAGGACGCAUAUGACUCGACCUUCGCCUCUCCCAAGCCCGUUGGGGAGUGAUGAAACAAGAUCGUAAUUGGAUCGCAAUUGAAUAUCACCAAAUUGUGGAGAAAAUGGAGGUAAAAUACAAAAAAAACAUCAUUUUACAAAUGAUAAACAUUUCGGUUUAGUAUUUUAAUUGCUUGACAAGGAAGUCCCUUUUGAAAUGAGCUGUUAUAAAAACAAAUGGCCUCUUAUCUCUAAUUCAUACUAUUAGUGUUAUUACUCAAACAACCAUGUCUAAGAUGGACUUUUAGGAAGAGUCCUUAGGAAUGUAUUUUACUGUAAACUUCAAAAACAUACUUACCAACCAUAGACCUGUCAGUGUGGAGGAAGUGAUGAAAGAUAAACACAGUUUCCUUUUUCCCCCUCCUCCCCCCACACACUCUAGUUUGCUUCCCCACUCACUCACUCUCCUCACAGUCACUAUCUCCCUCUCUCUAUAACGCUCUCCUUCUCACAGUCACUCUCCCUCUCUCUAUACUCUCUCGAUAACUCUCUCCUUCUCAGUCACUCUCUCUUCUCUCUAUAACUCUCUCCUCAUAGUCUCUCUCUCCUUCUCAGUCACUCUCUCCCUCUGAAUAACGCUCUCCUCAGUCACUAUUGCCUCUCUCUAUAACGCUCUCCUUCUCAGUCACUCUCUCCCUCUCUAAAUAACGCUCUCCUCACAGUCACUAUUGCCUCUCUCUAAAACGCUCUCCUUUUCAGUCACUCUCUCUCUCCCUCUCUCUAACUCUCUCCUUCUCAGUCACUCUCUCCUUCUCAGUCACUCUCUCCUUCUCAGUCACUCUCCCUCUCUAUAUAACGCUCUCCUUCUCAGUCACUCUCUCCCUCCCUCUACAGCUCUCUCCUUCUCUGUCAUUCUCUCCUUCUCAGUCACUCUCUCUUCCCCUCUCUCCUGUACAAAGUACAAGUGUGACGAUCCAUGCGAUUGAGGCCAAGCUUCAGAUGAUGGAGAACCAAGGCCACUCAACCUACAUGUACAACAAGCCCCCAGAGAAGAAACACCUACAGCCCUACAGCAGACCCUUCUGCAAGUUCAGGAGAUGACACAAAUGAGAUGGAGACAGACCAUCCAACACCUAGGCUCAAACAAUUCCGUUAACUUUCCCAAAAUGUCCAGGUUUUGCAGAAAUCCCAGUUUGAAGAUUCCCAGUAUCAGAAGGGAAUAGGCAGGAAAUCCAGAAUCCUCCAACCAGAAUUUGUGGAAAAUCUGGUAAUUUUAGUAAAGUUACUGGAAUUGUGGUCAAGUUACUGGAAUUGUGGUCAAGUUACUGGAAUUGUGGUCAAGUUACUGGAAUUGUGAAUAUUGUCUAACUGUUAAGUUAUUAUUCCACUUUGGCACUCAGGCUACUUCCACUAGUCUGUUUGGACUAUCAUGUUUGGCUUGGUAAUGACUGCAGUUGGCAAGAGCACAAACAGAUCUGGGACCAGGCUACAGUGGGAGAGGUCUGGCCACCAAACCAAAACCUCUGUACUGUAUGGCUUCAGGUUUGGACAGACAGCACAACAAGCCAUUUGACAGGUGGAAGCCUCACACUGUCUGCUUUAUUUUCAGCGAGUGUGUAUUCUUACUUGGGAGAGGAGGGAUUUUUUAUUUGAGUUGUUUUUCUAAUCUUAUUUUCAAUAACUUUUAACGGCUAUAUAUUAUAUGAUGUGUACAAUAUCACACCUUCAAUGUAUCUUACUGUUGUUUAUUUUUGUCAUUGUAAUGUUUAAUUUCUCUCUUUGCUGUUUAGUGUUGGGAGUUUGACAUUAUUAGUCUUAAUAAUUACCAAUUUUCCAGGGCACGUCGUCACAAAGCAUCUCAGAGAAGGAGUGCUGAUCUAGGAUCAGGUCCCUUCUCUUAUUCAUUAUGAUUAUGAUGUAGAAGGGAAGCCUAGAUCAGCACUCCUACUCUGAGAUGCUUUGUGAAUAUGGGCCCUGAUUUAGUGGAUCAUAUAAUGUUUCCAAUACAUGCUCAGUCUGAGUCCCUUAUUCAGCAUGUUAUGUUGGUCUGUAGUCACAAAAGGGAAGACAUGGCAUAAAAUUGUGUCUUUUGAAAACUGAGUAGUUGUCACCUUUCUGUGUUUCUUGUGAUCAAAAAUCAUAAAUGUAUUUAAUUCAUGUUUGUUUGAGUGUGAUUUGAUGGCAACUUUGUACAAUUGGAACUAUUUUUAUUCAUGCUAUGACACCCAGUAAACCAAGAAACUACAUUGUCACUCAACUCAUGCAUGGUUCCUUCAUUAAAUAGUAUUUUUAUUUAUUUAUA